UUUCGCAGAGUAUAUUUGCCGCAUUAUCAGUGUUUGGAGUGCCGUUGCGGGCCAACACUCCGCCGCGCAGGCAACAUCAGCACCCGCCAGCCAGUCAGCUGAUAAACAACGUCCAAGAUGAGUGACGAGCCUUCUCCUCCUCCUUCCCCUCUCCCUCACUUCUUCCACGUCUCGCCCUUCUAUCCGGAAGUGACGGAGGAUGGCAAGAUAGACACAGUGCAGUUCCUAGAAACGUCCAAGGCCUUCAUCAAAAUAUACGAUUUACUUGGUACUGCAUUUUAUGUAGUUAAAAAGGACAUGGCUGGAAAUAUUGAGAAACUCUACAAGACCUACAACAAAUCACCAGAAAAGUACAAGUUCCUUAAUGACUUGAUCUAUCUGGAGAAGGAGGAUCCCACCAUAUUUGCUGUAGAUGCCCUCCUUUGGCUGAAGAGAGCACUGGAGUUCACAGUCAUCUUCAUCAAGGGGCUGUGUGAGGAGUACAAGAAGGGCAUCACCACAGACAGGCUGGACCACCUUGCAACAGAUGCUUACAACAAAACCCUCAAGCGCUACCACUCCUGGCUAGUGCAGAAUGUCUUCAAGGUGGUGGUGAAAUCUGUUCCCUACAGAUCUGUCCUUAUCAGAUCCCUCUACUAUGGUAAAGUAGGACCAGAAGCUGCUUUGUUUGAAGAUGUUUCAUUGUAUACCAAACGACUUGAAGAAAAUCUGACAGUAAUAGUACAAAUGUAUGAUGAGUGGGGCCUUGAUAAUGACCAAAAGGUCUAACAGGGUGUGUGAAGCUUUUGGCAGACUACCUGGUGAGGAAGUGAGGUGUGAAGUACUUGAUGACAACAAGAUCUGUCAACUGCAUCAGUAAUGGAAGUUUUAAUUAUAACAGUAAUACAUUUUAUUACUUUUUAAUUUUUGUGAGUGGAAAGUUUUAUGUUAAAUAUACAUUCCCAUUUUUUUUUAUGAUCAGUUGUUGCGAAUGGAUAAGAAAAUUUGAUGUGAUAAUGGAGAGGUAAUGAUUAAAGCUGUGCAUAAAUUAGAAACCCCAUAAAACUGACAUUUCUUUGCAGUAUGGCUCUUCUUACAAAUACUACGGGAAACUUUCUGCAUUUAUUCUGCUCAAGUUGUUUAGUAUGUUAUUUUGAUACUAUAGCAACUUUACUGCAUAAUUAAUUCUCAUUAUAUCAGGCUGAUAUGGUACAGUAAUAAUCUUGAGUAAGUAAGGAUUAAGGCACAUGAAAGCAAGCUUGAAAGCAGUAGUUGCUGACUUGCCCUCAUGGGCAGUUCAUUGGGUUGUGUGGGACCAAGAAAGUGUUGGUAUGAAUUCCAGUCAUACCAGUGAUGUGCAAUGCAAGUUGAACAUGCGAAUCUUUUUAUUAGCUUUUAGAUGUGCCUAUAACAAAGGCAGCCAUAAUGUCUUGUGGAUUGUUUUAUUUAAUUUAUAGUAUUCAUCAUUACUUUUUAUUUAAUCUGCAAUAGGUUUUAUGUAUAUCAUCCUUGAGACAGCAAUGUCUUAAAACUAUUUUAGAUAUACGUGGAGAAUUUAUUACUGUAUUCUCUGCAUUUAUAUGCAAAUACAUAUGCAUUUAUAAGAUGGAGUUGUCAGAUGGAUAUCAGUGGAAGAGCUGCCAUAAUGCUCUUAAUUGAAACUAGAAAAGUCUUUAAUCUUCCUUUGUGAUGGAUGUGUCAUUUCAUGAAGCCUUGAAUUUUGUGGUGCUGAUUUCUAUUUAAGCAUGAAAAAAAAUUAAGUACUGUAGAUGUAUAUCUCCUACUUUGGUGUUUUAACCAAUACCAAGGAAAGGAGCAUAACUUUCCAACUGUUCCUAUGUAUAUUACAUUUGUGCUAAAAUGAGGCAUUAAGUACUCUUUGAGACUCUGGGAUUAUAUGCAGUUUUGAGUCAUUUAUCUUGACAUCAGUGAUCUGAAUCAAACAAACCUUUGGUGGAUAUGCAAUUUUUUGUGCAUAACUACUUGUCCAUCCUGCUUGGUGUAUUUAUAGAGAUAUAUAAUCACUCCUGCCA